AUGAAGUUCCUCUACGUUCUCCUAGCAGUAACUGCCGUUGCGAGCGGACGAUACCUCGUCAAGCGUGACAACAGCUAUGGAGAUGAAGCGGUAGCACCAGCUGCCGCUGCACCAGCACCAGAGGCCCCAGCACCAGCCCCAGAAGCGCCAGCUGCCCCAGCCGGAGACUACCAAGCACCAGCUGCUCCCGAGGCUGCCCCAGCCGAGGAAGCCCCAGCUCCAGCUGAGCAACCCGCCCCUGAAGCCGCCCCAGCACCAGCUGUCGAAGCCUCCGGAUACCGCAAGAAGCGUGACAACUCGUACGGAGAUGAGGCCGUUGCUCCAGCUCCUGAGGCCCCAGCCCCAGCUCCCGAGGCCCCAGCUCCCGAGGCUCCAGCCGCUGAGGCCCCAGCCGCCCCUGCUGACGCCGGAUACCAAGCCCCAGCUGCUGCCCCAGCCGCCCCAGCCGAGGAGGCCCCAGCCCCAGCUGAGCAACCCGCACCAGAAGCUGCCCCUGCUCCAGCUGUCGAGGCUUCCGGAUACCGCAAGAAGCGUGACAACUCGUACGGAGAUGAGGCCGUUGCUCCAGCUCCUGAGGCUCCUGCUCCAGCCGCUGAAGCCCCAGCUCCAGCCGCCGAGGCCCCAGCUGCUGAGGCCCCAGCCGCCCCCGCUGACGCCGGAUACCAAGCCCCAGCUGCUGCCCCAGCCGCCCCAGCCGAGGAGGCCCCAGCCCCAGCUGAGCAACCCGCACCAGAGGCUGCCCCUGCCCCAGCUGUCGAGGCUUCCGGAUACCGCAAGAAGCGUGACAACUCGUACGGAGAUGAGGCCGUUGCUCCAGCUCCUGAGGCUCCUGCCCCUGAGGCCGCCCCCGCUGCCGAGGAGGCUCCCGCCCCAGCUCCUGAGGCCCCAGCUCCAGCUCCAGAGGAGGCCCCAGCUCCAGCUGAGCAACCCGCCCCUGAAGCCGCCCCAGCCCCAGCCGUCGAAGCCUCCGGAUACCGCAAGAAGCGUGACAACUCGUACGGAGAUGAGGCCGUUGCUCCAGCUCCUGAGGCCCCAGCUCCCGAGGCCCCAGCUCCCGAGGCUCCAGCCGCUGAGGCCCCAGCCGCCCCCGCUGACGCCGGAUACCAAGCCCCAGCUGCUGCCCCAGCCGCCCCAGCCGAGGAGGCCCCAGCCCCAGCUGAGCAACCCGCACCAGAGGCUGCCCCUGCUCCAGCUGUCGAGGCUUCCGGAUACCGCAAGAAGCGUGACAACUCGUACGGAGACGAGGCCGUUGCUCCAGCUCCUGAGGCCCCAGCCCCAGCCGCGGAAGCCCCAGCUCCAGCCGCCGAGGCCCCAGCCGCUGAGGCCCCAGCCGCCCCCGCUGACGCCGGAUACCAAGCCCCAGCUGCUGCCCCAGCCGCCCCAGCCGAGGAGGCCCCAGCCCCAGCUGAGCAACCCGCACCAGAAGCUGCCCCUGCCCCAGCUGUCGAAGCUUCCGGAUACCGCAAG